GUUGGAUUUGUAAGUGAAACAGCUUACUCAAGUGAAAGAGGCCACGUCUGCCAAGCAUCCCGCCACCUGCAGCUAUCUAGAAAUAGUUUCCCUCCACAACUUCAUACAUUCAAUUUACCUGAGGCCUCACUCUUGUUUGAGGACUACAGUAAACCGUCAUUAUGUUUUUCAAUCGCAUCCUCCCCGCGAUCGUCGCGCUGCUCCCCGCCCUCACUUCCGCUUCAGCACCCGCGUCCUCCGUUAUCGACCUCACACCCAAGAACUUCGAUGAAGUUGUCCUGAAGUCGGGCAAGCCUGCCCUCGUCGAAUUCUUUGCACCAUGGUGUGGACACUGCAAGAACCUCGCCCCUGUCUACGAGGAGCUCGCCACCGGUUUCCAGCACGCCGCUGGCAAGGUCUCGGUCGCCAAGGUCGACGCAGAUGAGCACAAGUCGUUGGGCAAGCGCUUCGGCGUCACUGGGUUCCCUACAUUGAAGUGGUUUGAUGGAAAGAGCGACAAGCCCGAGGACUACAAGGGUGGCCGCGAUCUCGAGAGCUUGACCAAGUUCAUCACGGAGAAGACAUCUGUUAAGCCUAAGACAAAGGGCAAGCUGCCCAGCGCUGUCACCUUCCUGGAUGACCAGAGCUUCAAGCAGAAGGUCGGAAAAGACCAGGAUGUCCUUGUUGCCUUUACUGCGCCCUGGUGCGGACACUGCAAGACCCUUGCUCCCAUCUGGGAGGCCCUCGCCAACACCUUUGCCAACGAGCCUAAUGUCCUGGUCGCCAAGGUCGACGCCGAAGCCGAGAACGCAAAGGCCCUUGCUAAAGAGCAGGGCGUUUCCUCGUACCCCACCAUCAAGUUCUUCAAGAAGGGUUCCCUCGAGCCCACCCCGUACGAGGGCGCCCGUUCCGAGGAUGCUUUCAUCCAGUACCUGAACAAGAACUCUGGCACCCACCGCGCAGUUGGCGGCGGUCUCGAUGCCACCGGUGGCACCAUCGAGGCUUUCGACGCUGUCAUUGAAAAGUUCAAGUCUGCCUACGGCGAUGGUGUUGAGGAGGCCACAACUCUCGCUUCAACCCUGAAGGACGAGUAUGCCCAGUACUACGUCAAGGUCUUCCAGAAGAUUGGCGCUAACAAGGAGUACGCUGAGAAGGAGUCCAAGCGUCUGCAGGGCCUGAUCAGUAAGGGCAACCUUGCCUCGGAGAAGCUUGACGACUUGAUCAGCAGGAGCAACAUCCUCAGGAAGUUCUUGGGCACCGAUGACAAGAGCGAGUUGUAGAAAAACAGCUGUACCUUUAUAGGCAAAUGUCGCAGCGGUGCCAAAGUGCAUUGGUGCUAUGACAACAACAGCGAGAUGUAACGAUGCCCAUUGCUCGAGACUGUGGAUGAGCAACCAUCGCAAAAGCAGAGCUUUGGCUCACAUAUGACAUGAUAACGAAUCAGCGUGUAUAGAUAGAAUCAUGAUAUCAAUUCGAAAAGCAUUCUGCACCACUCUAUACGCCUAUCCAUGCUGUGUCGUAAACCGUGAUACUCGUCCCA